AUGGCUUUUGCAACUGUAUUUUUUCUUGCUCUCUUGCUCUUUCCCCUUUCAGCCAUUUCUCAAUCUUACCAAAAUGUUAGUUUGGGUUCAUCACUCACUACAAGUGAUGUUACUACAUUUUGGCCAUCCCCUUCUGGAGAAUUUGCUUUUGGCUUUCAAAAAAUUGGAAAUGGAGGAUUCAUACUAGCCAUUUGGUUCAAUAAACACCCAGAAAAAACAAUAGUUUGGUCAGCCAAUAGGAAUAAUAUUGCCCCUAAUGGAUCCAAUGUUCAUUUCUCCACAGAUGGAAGACUAGUCCUCUUUGAUCCAAAUGGUCAAGAGAUAUGGGCUCAUGGCACGGCCGGAGUGGCCUAUGGAGCCAUGCUUGACACUGGAAACUUUGUGCUAGCAAACAGUAGUUCAGCCAUUUUAUGGCAGAGUUUCGAUGAGCCAACCGAUACGAUUUUGCCAGGUCAAGUACUUAAUCAAGGAAAUAAGCUUGUCUCAAGCUUCUCUGACACGAAUGUAUCGCGUGGAAGGUUCGAGCUCACACUUCAAAUUGAUGGAAAUUUGGUGCUUUACACUGUAAAUUAUCCACUUGAUGCACCAAAUCGUCCAUAUUGGGCGACGAAUUCAGUUGGCAGUGGUUACCAGGUGAUCUUCAAUCAAUCCGGCUUUAUUUUCCUUCGAGCACAGAAUGGAACACUGUUAAAUUCGAUAUCUUCUAAUGAGGCAAACUCAACAACAAGUCAAUUAUACCAACGAGCGAUUCUUGAAUAUGAUGGAGUUUUUAGGCACUAUGUCUCUCCGAAAUCUUCCAGCGGGAGGCCCAUGGCAUGGUCUACUUUGCAUAACAUACCGGAUAACAUUUGUACCCUCAGGCAAAGUGUUGGAGGGGGUGCCUGUGGUUUCAACAGCAUUUGCUCGAUGGGAACUAACCAGAGGUCAAGAUGUAUUUGUCCAUUCGGGUAUAUCUUGAAUGAUCCGAACGACAAAUUAGGUGGCUGCAGACGAAAUUUCUCUGAGCAAGAUUGUAACCAUGAAUCGAGAGAAAUUGAGGCUUUCACUUUCCGAGAAAUGCCCAAAUCUAACUGGUUUGACGGUGAUUAUGAGUCUUACCGGGAUGUUUCAGAGGAUUGGUGCAAACAGAAUUGUUUGAGUGAUUGUUUUUGUGCUGUUGCUAUUUACAGUUACAAAGUUUGUUGGAAGAAAAGGUAUCCGCUUUCAAAUGGGAUUCUGAAUCCGUCAGAUGAUGGGAAAGCUUUGAUAAAAAUAAGGAAAGACAACUCCACACUAGGAUCAUCAUCAACAACUACGCCGCCUCAGUUCCAAACAAAAAGGAAAAGUCAAUCUACUCUAAUCAUUUCUGGUUCUGUGUUGUUGGGCAGUUCACUUUUCAUCUUAAUGUUGUUGGCCCUUAUAUAUUUUUUCAAGUUUAAAGGGAAAACGCCAAAGAAACGUGUGCAAUAUCCAACGGUCCCAGGAGUGAACCUAAGAAGUUUUAGCUACAAUGAGCUAGAAGAAGCUACAAAUGGAUUCGAGGAAGAAUUAGGAACUGGGGCCUUCUCAACAGUUUAUAAAGCAGUUCUUAAUGACGAAAAUGGGAAAGUCGUCGCUGUCAAGAAACUACACAAGAUGGAAAGAGAUGGAGAAAAAGGAUUCGAAGCUGAAGUGAAUUCAAUCAGUAGGACUAAUCACAAGAACUUGGUCCAACUCCUCGGAUUUUGCAACGAAGGCCAACACCGGCUUUUGGUUUAUGAAUACAUGAAAACUGGCUCAAUAGCAGACUUGCUAUUCAAAGAUUCUAGGCUUAGUUGGUCCCAAAGAGUACAAGUUGCCAUAGACACUGCCAAAGGGCUUUGCUAUAUGCAUGAAGAAUGUAGUACCCAAAUUAUACAUUGUGACAUCAAGCCUCAGAAUGUGCUUUUAGAUGAAAGUUUGACAGCAAAAAUAGCAGAUUUUGGAAUAGCCAAGCUUUUGAGGAAUGAUCAGACUCGAACGACCACUAAGAUACGUGGCACGAGAGGGUACGUAGCCCCAGAGUGGUUCAGGAACAUGCCUAUAACCGUCAAAGUGGAUGUGUACAGCUUCGGAAUCUUGCUCUUAGAGCUGAUUUGCUGCAGAAAAAGUUAUGAGCAAGAUGUGGCAAAUGAGGAUGAAAUGAUACUUGUGGAGUGGGCUUGUGAUUGCUAUAGAAGAAAAGAGUUCCGUUUACUUGCGGGUGAUGAUGAAGAAGCAAUAGAAGAUAUCAAGAGGUUUGAGAAUUUUUUGAUGGUUGCUAUUUGGUGCAUUCAAGAAAAUCCAGCAUUAAGGCCUAACAUGAAAAAAGUCAUGCUAAUGCUUGAAGGUUCUAUUGAUAUCUCAGUUCCACCUGAGCCUUUUUUCCUUUAUUAG